AAGAAGAGGUGCGAAGAGAAUUUCUUCCCGUGGAGUGAUUCUAAUUUCACCACAAAAGGUUCUUAGUACACCCGUAUACGGGCCAUGGUAUAUGAGCUAACAAGUCGAACGAAAUGAUGGGAGCUAUGGAGAUGGACGGAAAGAGAACGAGGACUAAACCAGUGGCCCUGUUCAUGGCCUUCGGUACCCAAGGCGACGUCCACCCUAUCGCUGCCAUUGCUGCUGCAUUUGCUUGUGAUCAGGAGGAGUAUAGUGUGGUUCUAAUAACUCAUUCUGCUCACAAGAAUUUAAGUGUACAUUUGGCGACAAAAAACGUGGAAUGUCUUCCAGUUUCAACACCAGCUGUUGUUGCUCCUUAUGAAGAUGAUGGUCCUGAAGGAACCUUGCAGCCUAAGUUUUUGCUCCAGAAGCGUGAAAUUACAAGACAACAUAGACAAGAAUGCAUUCAUAAUGUGGAAAGGAUAUUUGGCGAUGGCCCGAGCUUGGAGGGUGAUUUGAUCGUGAUAAAUCUCUUUGCAUUGGAAGGUUGGAGCCUUGCAGAGCUUUUUUGUGUCCCUUGUAUUGUUGCUGCUCCUUACGUUGUCCCUUACAGUGCCCCUUCAUCGUUUGAGCGCUACUUCAGGAAAGAGCUUCCACUUUUAUAUGAAUAUCUUCAGGAAGCUCCGAUUAACAAGGUUGGAUGGAAAGAUGUUACCCACUGGAUGUGGCCACUUUUUACCGAGGAUUGGGGAUUGUGGAGAAGUGUUCAGUUGAAGCUAAGCCCCUAUCCUUUUACGGAUCCAGUUACAGGCCUUCCACUGUGGCAUGAUAGAUCUCCGUCUCCCCUGCUAUUGUAUGGAUUUAGCAAAGAAGUAGUUGAAUGCCCUGGAUAUUGGCCUUCAAAUGUUCGGGCUUGUGGCUUUUGGUUUCUUCCUUUUGAAUGGCAGUUCUCGUGCAACAAGUGUGGAGAAAUUUCAGCUUUGUUGUCUUCAGGCCAUUUAAGCCCGAAGGACAUGAUGUGCUCAGCUCAUGCAGAGUUGCAGUCUUUCCUGAAAACUCCUGCAUCGUUGCCACCUGUUUUUAUAGGUCUGAGCACUGUUGGAAGCAUGGGUUUUUUGAGAAACCCUCACGCAUUUCUUGGGGUUCUUCAAAAAGCUGUGGAUAUAACAAGUCACAGAUUCAUCCUAUUUUCUGCUGGCUUUGAUCCUUUAGAUGCUGCGAUCCAGAAGAUUGCUGCUGAUGCAUCAUCAGGCUCAGAACAAAAACAGUUCAGUGAGGACGGAACCCUUCUCUUUGGUGGGAGGCUUUUUUGCUUUUCUGGUUCUAUACCCUAUAAGUGGCUAUUUCCGAGAUGUGCUGCUGUAAUUCAUCACGGGGGCAGUGGAUCCACUGCUGCGGCACUUCAUGCAGGAAUUCCACAGGUAAUAUGUCCUUUUAUGCUGGAUCAGUUCUAUUGGGCUGAGAGGAUGUUUUGGCUUGGAAUUGCUCCAGAACCAUUGAAAAGAAACUACUUGCUUCCAGAUGAAAAUGAUGACGUAUGUGUGAUGGAAGCAGCGAAUAUGCUAGCGAGGGCCAUCAACUACGCAUUAGCUCCUGAAGUGAAAGCACGUGCAUCAGAGAUUUCUGAGUUACUCUCUCAUGAGGAUGGAGUGUGGGAAGCUUUAAAGAUCAUCAAGGAAGAAAUCAGUUGUUCAAACUCUAUGAGGCAUUAAGGUUAGGCUUUUCGGCUUAGCCCAUUAAUGGUAACUACUAACUUCUUAUGGAAGUACUGCAAAUUUUCAAUCCAACACUGGCUUAAUCUCUCGUUUUUUUCUCCUCCUAAAUCAAAUGUUUGAGUGUGCACUUGGGUGCACUAUUGCGGAUGUGGACUUGCUGCAUUAAUAGUAUUUCUUUAUGUUUUACAUGCCUUUCUCUCUCUUUUCGGACAUGAGCUAUGUUAGGUAAAUUUGGUUCUAAUUGCACUAGGGGAGGUUUCAUCUAGUAAAUAGUAUUCAGGCUUCUAAAAAUGGACUAACAAUCAUAAAUGGCAGUUGCUGCAAAAAGCAAUUUCCCUGGCUUGUCUAGGGGAGGUUUCAUCUAUUGUCUUCCUUCUCUCCAUUGUCUCCGGAAAUGUUCCAAUUUUCAUAGAUAAACGGUGUAUAUUUUUAUUUAUUUAUUAUUCAUUGUUAAGACAAAUUAAAAUAAUAUAAAAUUUUUAGGCCCCAUUCUCUUGAACUUAACUUAAAUAUGAAAAUUGUCCUUAUUUGAAUUUUUUUUGCAUUUGUUAGUUUUGCGCCAAACUUUUGUGGGUUAUUGAUUCGUCUCGACGAGAAGAAUCGGAAAAGAAAUUUUUUUUAAUUUUUACUCAAGUAUUUUGCUAAAAGGUGAUUAUUUCUCAAAAUACUUGGAUAAAAGUAAAAAAAAAAAUUAUUUCUUCAAUUCUUCUCGUCAAGAUGAGUUAAUAACGUAAAACUAACAAAUGCGAAAAAAAUUCAAAUAAGGACAAAGUUUCCAAAUUUAAGUUAAGUUCAAGAGAACGGAGCCUUAAAUAAAAGUCAAAUUUAAAUGUAAAAAACAUAUUAUAGUUGAAAAUAUUACUUGAGUAAACCAAAUUAAAAAUAAAUAAAUGACUUAAAUAAAUAAGAUAAUAGAAUUAAGGAAUUAAAAAAA